AUGGUGACAUCAGAAGAGGAAGAGUCAUCAACUUCUAGCUUGGAAAAGAAGAUCCUUAAGUCUGUCAUGACCAUGCUUGAUGCAAGAUUUGGCGCUCUUAACUUGAAUCAAACCAACCGGGGAGUUAAUCAGCAUCAACGGCCGAACCAGGAGGAACCAAGACCUAAUGACGAGACUAGGGAGUACUACAGCCACGGUUCUUCACACGGAAAAAUCACCAAGGUUAACAAGGUUAAACUUGCUGCUACCGAGUUCUACGACUAUGCUCUAAGUUGGUGGGAUCAGCUUGUUACCAGCCGCAGACGUACCAGAGACAUACCGAUCGAGACAUGGAACCAGCUGAAAACCGUCAUGCGUAGGAGGUUUGUGCCGAGUUACUAUCAUCGUGAUCUUCAUCAGCGUUUGAAGAAUUUGGUUCAACGAAGCAGGUCAGUUGAAGAGUACUUCAAGGAAAUGGAAACCCUGAAGCUCAGAGCCGAUAUUCAUGAGGAUGGAGAAGCUAUGAUGUCACGAUUCAUGGGAGGUCUUAACCGAGAAAUCCAAGAUCGUCUAGAGACCCAGCACUAUGUGGAAAUCGAGGAGAUGCUUCACAAGGCAGUCUUGUUUGAACAGCAAAUCAAGAGGAAGAACUCUCGAUCCAGCUACAACAUCGCUAAGACCAGCUACAACUCAGGUAAGUCAAGUUACCACAAGGAGGACAAGCCCGACUACCAGAAGGACUACAAGCCAUUCAUCAAGCCGAAACCAAUAGAUUCAGACCCGAAAGGUAAGGGUAAGGAGGUGAUUACGAGGACAAGGGAUAUUCGUUGCUUUAAGUGUCAAGGACUUGGGCAUUACGCAAGCGAAUGUGUCAACAAAAGGAUCAUGGUUCUUAAAGACAACGGCGAGAUUGAGUCUGCAGAUGAGCGUUCGGAAAACGACUCAUUGGACGAGAGUUUGGAAGCCCCAGCUAAAGGAGAGCUGCUUGUUGCUAGGAGAUUGCUGAGUGUUCUAACUAAGUCUGAGGAGCAAGCGCAAAGGGAAAACUUGUUCCACACGCGAUGUAUUGUCAAAGAUAAGGUAUGUCGUUUAAUUAUCGAUGGUGGUAGUUGUACUAACGUUGCUAGCAGGACUAUGGUGGAGAAACUUGGUCUAGAAGUGCUUAAGCAUCCAAAACCGUAUGAACUACAAUGGCUCAAUGAGAAAGGUGAGAUGUCUGUCAAGGAGCAAGUCAAGGUGCCGCUUUCAAUUGAAACUCUUGCUUGUUCUACUAACCCCAAACCGGUGCUGCCGAGUAAAGUUGAAUUGGUUUUGCAAGAGUAUAAGGACGUGUUUCCGGAGGAUAAUCCCAUUGGUUUACCGCCUAUCCGAGGGAUCGAGCAUCAAAUUAACUUUGUACCGGGAGCCGCUCUACCAAACCGACCAGCUUAUAGCACCAACCCAGUUGAAACAAAGGAGCUUGAAAGACAAGUGAACGAGCUGAUGGACAAAGGACAUAUCCGGGAAAGCAUGAGUCCAUGUGCCGUUCCAAUGUUGCUAGUACCAAAGAAAGAUGGGAGUUGGCGAAUGUGCGUGGACUGCCGAGCCAUAAACAACAUAACGGUUAAGUAUCGCCAUCCUAUCCCUAGAUUAGAUGAUAUGCUUGAUGAAUUGCAUGGCUCUAGCAUCUUUUCUAAGAUUGAUCUUAAAAGUGGAUAUCAUCAAAUCCGUAUGAAAGAAGGUGAUGAGUGGAAAACGGCUUUUAAAACCAAACAAGGGUUAUAUGAAUGGUUAGUCAUGCCGUUUGGGUUAACUAAUGCGCCUAGCACUUUCAUGAGAUUGAUGAAUCAUGUCCUUAGGAAGCAUAUUGGUGAUUUUGUUGUGGUUUAUUUUGAUGACAUUUUGGUUUAUAGCAAAAAUUUAGAGGAUCAUGUCAUGCAUCUUAAACUUGUUUUGGAUUUGCUUCGCAAGGAAAAGCUUUAUGCAAACUUUAAGAAGUGCACCUUUUGCACAGAUAAUCUUGUUUUCCUAGGCUUUGUUGUAAGUGCAGAUGGAAUCAAGGUUGAUGAGGAGAAAGUCAAGGCAAUCAAAGAUUGGCCAAGUCCUACAAAUGUGAGCGAGGUGAGGAGCUUUCACGGCUUAGCAGGAUUCUACCGACGGUUUGUCAAGGAUUUCAGCACCAUUGCCGCACCGCUUACGGAGGUCAUCAAGAAGGACGUUGGUUUCAAAUGGGAAGCUGCACAGGAAAAUGCCUUCCAGGCCUUGAAAGAGAAGCUUACUAAUUCCCCUGUUUUAAUUCUUCCAAAUUUUAUGAAAACUUUUGAGAUUGAGUGUGAUGCCUCAGGCAUAGGUAUUGGAGCUGUUUUGAUGCAGGAUCAUAAGCCCAUAGCGUUCUUCAGUGAGAAUCUGGGAGGAGCUACACUCAAUUAUCCGACCUACGACAAAGAGCUUUACGCUUUGGUCCAAGCACUACAAACGUGGCAACACUAUCUAUGGCCGAAGGAGUUCAUCAUUCAUACUGACCACGAGUCUCUUAAGCAUUUAAAGGGUCAACAAAAGCUCAACAAACUGGGAGAGGAUGAUGAAACCAUGGACGGCUCAACCGAACCACACGGACCUGAGGAGCAGCUUGAACCUGCGGAAGCAUCGGAGGACCAGCUUGAACCAGAGGAAGCACCGGAGGAGCAGCUUGUACCAGUGGAAGAAGCGGAGGAAGCAUUGAUCGUCCCGGCGGGUCCUAUUACAAGGUCACGGUCCAAGAGGUUCAACCAAGCCAUCAAUGCAAUACUUAAGGAGUUGGACAAGAAGCUAGAAGACGUGACUCAAACCACAUUCACCAUGCUCACAGCUCAAGGUGCUCGGUAA